AUGGUAAGCGUUUCGAGUCGCUUCGGUUCAAUGGAGUCCCUGGACCAUGACGGACCAGGAAGGUUUUGGAGCGAGGGACGCGGCCAGAAGCGGCCAAGAGACCUGGAGCUGAGUGGCAGCUCCACAGAUACCCCCACCAAGGCGGGUCACAAGAGGAGAGGACGCGGCCGUCCGCCAACCACCGGCGAAUAUGUUGGAUUAGCGGCCGCAAAGGAGUCACUACGAAAGGCAACGGAGGCGGAGAUCAGGGCACGAGCCGAGGCGGAGAUGUUGGAGUCGGUUUUAGAUGCCCGCAAGACUCGCUCGUCCCUGACCACCACGGCCGGAUCAUCCCUUGAUUCGAGAGCCGAGAACGAAGACGACACCGCGACCACUGUCCUCCAGCGGAUUGGGGCCAGCCUCGAGGUUGUGGAAAAGGUGGCCAAGAAAUCUUCCAAUCUAAAGGGGACAUUCGUGCGCGCACUGCACGACGCCGUCAGUGCUAUCAAGGAAGACGUCGCCGGCCUCGCACAGAAGUCGGUUUCAGAGGAGACGCGUACCUUGCAGGCAAACAACAACCGCCUGCAAGCUGAGAUGUCCAGCCUCCGCAAGGAGCUGGCCGAACUACGUCAGGAGAUGGAGCAGGUGCGGAAACAGGGUUCCGCCAAUACCUGCAUGGACACGACGAUGGAGGCCGUCCCUGUCCGGCCCCCAAAACCACAAGAAGAGACUUCUAUCGAAGAUAUUUGUCGGACAGUAAUGGUCCAGGUGGGCGGCAUGCUCAAUGCCCGCCUUGCUUCCUUGGAGGACCGGCUGUUGCCGGAAAGGAACCUGCGGCCGCCAUUGGCGUCGGACAAAAAGAAGAUGACCACGUACGCGACUACGGCCGCGAAGCCCACACCGGCGUUCUCCUCGAAUGCCCGGGUAACGGCUGGGACGAAGGCGCCCCCGGCGUCACCUCAACCCGGUCCUAGUGGCCUUUCGCGCCAAGUGCCCACCGUGCCGCCCACAAAGAACAAGGGCAAAGGCUCCAAGAAAGGAGCGAAAGCAAAAAAGAAGAAGGGAUCUCGGACGACGGGCGAAAGCUCAAAGCCCACCUCCGCCGCCCCAGUAGCACAAUCACAAACCCUCCCUCCCCGUCCCCCCAAUCCGGACGCUCUAGAGGGAAACUGGGUUACUGUAGGGAAAAAUGGCAAGGCGCAACGGCAAAAGUCGAAAGCGGCCCCCGUGCAGGCAUCUACAUCUGCGCCUGCACUGCCGCCGCAGAGACUAAGAGUGCCCCGGAGUUCUGCGGUUGUCGUAACACUUACUGAAGCGGCAAUCAAUAAGGGGUUAACAUACAGCGGCGUCCUCAGAGAAGCAAAGGCAAAGCUUGACUUGAAAGAAGUAAUCGGCGUCGAAGCGGUGCAGUUCCGUCGAGCGGUCACCGGGGCAACUAUUAUACGCAUCCCCGGCGCCACCAGCGCCCCUAAAGCAGAUGCCCUGGCGCAAAAGCUACAAGAGCUUUACCACAAUAGCGAAAUCAAGGUCUCCAGACCCGAGAAGUUGGUCGAUGUAAAAAUUGAAGGGCUGGAUGACGCAACAACAUCUGAGGAAGUGAAGGAGGCCAUCCUCAAAAAAGGGGCAGGGACAUGCACCGGCGAUCAGGUCCGAACUGGCCAACUCCGCCAAAGCAGAUCGGGCCUAUACAACAUCUGGGCCCAGGUCCCUGUUGCGGCAGCAAGGAAGCUGACGACGGGCCGCUUCCUGGUGGGAUGGGUGGCUGCUAAAGUCACCGUUGGCAGGCCCAGGGAGCUGCGCUGUUACCGCUGUCUGCAACAGGGGCAUGUGGCGAGUCGCUGCGACGCGGAGGACCGCAGUCGCCUUUGUUAUAAAUGUGGUCAGGAGGGCCACAAAGCCGCGUCCUGUCCGUCGCAACCAAGCUGUAUCCUGUGCACGGCGGCGGGCAAGGACGCAAAGCACCGUUUGGGAAGUUUACAAUGUUCGGCUCCCAAAAAGACGGUCCAUAGGAGAGCGCUAGUCGAGGUAGCACGAAACGCGCCCCCACCGAGCGGGGAAGAAAUGGAGGUGGCAGAAAUCGCUGAGAAUUAA